CUUAAAUUCCGUUCGUUCCCUGUCCUUCCCUAGCGAUUGGACCCAAUUGCUCGCACAGGCGAUCGGCCAUUCUCUCUUCUUCCGCAGGAGGCCGGCGAUCCCGUCCUGAUCGUGAUCGGUUGAGGACUUGAGAAAUAGGCGAUGGGUGUCUCGAUCGAAAUGGCUCGUUUGGUAGUCCAGUGGAAAGGUUCGAGUUUGGUAAAGAAUCGGUUUCUCGGCGUCUUUUCUUCCGUUCAUCUUCAGCAUACACGUAGAAGUUCUUCUAUCUGUUUCCCAAGAAAUAGCUAUUUCACCUAUAAUCACCAUAAUUACAAUUCGAACGUUAAGAACGAGGGUUUCUAUUGGAGGAGAAGCCUCUUACCUUCAUUUUCACCUAAAUUAAGUGGAAAAAGGCUAGCUUCUUUAGUUGAAACUGAACCUCUACCUGCACACUCAGAGGAGUUGAAAAUGGACGCACCAAAAGAGAUAUUUCUGAAGGACUACAAGAUGCCAGAUUAUUUGUUUGACACGGUUGACUUGAAAUUUGUAUUGGGAGAGGAAAAGACUAUAGUCUUCUCUAAAAUUGCUGUUUACCCCAGGGUUGCUGGUAUUUCGUCUCCUUUGGUUCUUCAUGGAAGUGAUCUUAAGCUAUUGUCAAUUAAAAUUAACGGAAAGGAAUUACAGCAACAAGAUUUUCACUUGGAUCAUCGUCAUUUGACCCUGCUAUCACCGCCUGUUAGUGCAUUUACACUUGAAAUUGAGACAGAGAUGUAUCCACAAAAGAAUACAUCAUUAGAGGGUCUGUACAAGUCCUCUGGAAAUUUUUGCACACAGUGUGAAGCUGAAGGUUUUCGGAAAAUAACCUUUUAUCAGGAUCGCCCUGAUGUGAUGGCAAGAUAUACUUGUAGAAUUGAAGCUGAUAAGUCUCUUUAUCCAGUGCUUUUAUCUAAUGGAAAUCUGAUAGAGCAAGGUGAUCUGGAGGAUGGGAAGCAUUAUGCUUUAUGGGAAGAUCCUUUUAAAAAACCAUGCUACUUGUUUGCAUUAGUUGCUGGACCACUAGAAAGCAGAGUUGAUAAAUUUAUCACUCGCUCUGGACGUGAGGUUACCUUGAAGAUUUGGACACCCUCAGAUGAUGUACCCAAAACUGCCCAUGCGAUGUAUUCUCUUAAAGCAGCUAUGAAAUGGGAUGAAGAAGUUUUUGGUCUUGAAUAUGAUCUUGAUUUGUUCAACAUUGUGGCUGUUCCUGAUUUUAACAUGGGAGCCAUGGAGAACAAGAGUCUGAAUAUAUUUAAUUCUAAGCUUGUGUUGGCAUUGCCUGAAAGUGCUACUGAUGGAGAUUAUGCUGCAAUUUUGGGAGUAAUUGGUCAUGAGUAUUUCCAUAACUGGACAGGCAACAGAGUCACCUGCCGAGACUGGUUCCAACUAAGUCUAAAAGAAGGUCUUACUGUAUUUAGAGAUCAGGAAUUCUCAUCUGACUUAGGCAGUCGCACAGUUAAGCGGAUAGCUGAUGUUUCCAGAUUGCGAAAUUACCAAUUCCCACAGGAUGCUGGCCCCAUGGCACACCCUGUCCGCCCACACUCAUACAUUAAGAUGGAUAACUUCUAUACUGUGACGGUGUAUGAAAAGGGUGCUGAAGUUGUUAGAAUGUAUAAAACCUUGCUUGGUAGUUCUGGGUUUAGAAAGGGUAUGGAUCUAUAUUUCAAGAGACACGAUGGACAAGCAGUGACUUGUGAAGAUUUUUUUUCUGCUAUGCGUGAUGCAAACAAUGCAGAUUUCUCUAAUUUCUUACUAUGGUACUCUCAAGCUGGAACACCUAAUGUCAAGGUUGCUUCUUUGUAUAAUCCUGAUGCUCAGACAUACUCUUUGAAGUUCAGUCAAGAAGUGCCUCCUACUCCUGGUCAACCCGUGAAAGAACCUAUGUUUAUACCUGUGUCUGUUGGACUACUUGACUCAAGUGGAAAAGACAUGCCCCUCACUUCUAUUCAUCAUGAUGGAAUGCUGCAUACAGUUUCAACUCCUGGCCAAUCAGUAUUUACAACUGUGCUUCGAGUCACAAAGAAGGAAGAAGAAUUUGUGUUUGUCAAUAUACCUGAACGACCAAUCCCUUCACUAUUACGAUGCUAUAGUGCACCGGUUCGUCUUGAUUCUGAUCUCACGGAUAGUGACCUAUUCUUUUUGCUAGCACAUGAUUCAGAUGAAUUUAACAGAUGGGAGGCUGGUCAAGUCUUGGCGCGUAAAUUGAUGUUAAGUCUUGUAUCUGACUUCCAGCAGAACAAGUCAUUGAAUUUGAACCCUAAUUUUAUCGAAGGGAUUAGAAGCAUCCUUUGCAACUCAAGCUUAGACAAAGAAUUUAUUGCGAAAGCAAUCACCUUGCCUGGUGAAGGGGAGAUAAUGGACAUGAUGGCAAUUGCAGAUCCAGAUGCUGUUCAUGCUGUCCGGACCUUCAUUAAGAAGCAGAUUGCUCUUAGUCUGAAGGAAGAUCUCUUAGCCACUAUUAAUAGUAACAGAAGCUUGGAGGCUUAUGUUUUUGACCAUGAUAAUAUGGCCCGACGUGCUUUAAAGAAUACAGCUCUUGCUUAUCUUGCAUCAUUGGAUGACCCGGAGCUCACCAAUCUUGCAUUGCACGAGUACAAGUCUGCUACUAAUAUGACUGACCAGUUUGCUGCUUUGGCUGCAUUAGCCCAAAAUCCAGGUCAAGUUCGUGAUGAAGUUCUCUCUGAUUUCUACGGAAAAUGGCAGCAUGACUUUUUGGUUGUAAAUAAAUGGUUUGCCCUUCAAGCCAUGUCAGACAUUCCUGGGAAUGUGGCAAAUGUCCAGAAGUUGUUGAGCCACCCGGCAUUCGACCUACGAAAUCCUAACAAGGUUUACUCAUUAAUUGGAGGUUUCUGUGGCUCACCUGUGAAUUUUCAUGCAAAAGAUGGUUCAGGCUACAAAUUCUUGGGUGAAUUAGUGGUGCAGUUGGACAUACUAAACCCUCAGGUGGCAUCGCGAAUGGUAUCUGCCUUCUCUAGGUGGAGGCGCUACGAUGAGCAUAGGCAAGCCCUUGCCAAGGCGCAACUUGAAUUGAUCAUGUCGGCCAAUGGACUGUCGGAAAACGUCUAUGAAAUUGCUUCCAAAAGCUUGGCAGCUUGAAUGAGGAUGAGGAAAGCUUCAAAUUGAAAACAUGGUAUUGACAAUUCAGCAAAAGUUAUCACUGCAAGUUUAUCUACUUUAAUUUUAAAUUUUAUCGCACUUAUGAUAAUGUAUCGACGUAUCAAACUAUGUGUUGCUCCCGAUUAAUAUAUAAAGUUUGCCUCUCCUAGAGACUCGAAUAUUUA